AUUUAAAAAUUAAACGUCAAAUUUGUUUUGAAAACAAAUGCAAUUUUUGAUGAAAUUUGCAAAUUGUUAACUAUUUUCAAGAAAGUGUUUAAUUUACUUAAAUAUUAACUAUGUCUAGUCAAUCUAGCUGCCCAGAGCACUUGCAAGCUCAAAUGAUUAUCAUCAUUCAUCCCGGUUCUUUGAAUCUUCGAAUUGGAAGAGCUUCCGAUUUUAAUCCCAUACGAAUUAUCCAUGCUAUUGGUCGCAAAAUACGUCCAAAUGGACAUCAAUAUCGAGAUCGAAUUCUUCCUCAAGUUUCAAAAGAAUCCUUGGCUGAGUUUGAAGAACAUCGUUUACAAGUAUCCCACAUCAUUCAAUCAUGCUCCCAAUCGGACGGUCGACGAAGAUACGCAACACCACCCCAACAAAUUGCUGCGUUCAACAGAAGAUCUACUCCUGACAUAAUUGGGAAAGCAGAGACGAACACAUUGAGAAAAGAGACUAUUAUCGGAGAUGAGAUUAUGAACAUAAACGUUAAUGAUCCCUACAAUAUUCAUUUCCCAAUAAAACGUGGAGAACUUAAUCUGCACAGUGAACUUGGAGGUUCUCUAACCUCAGUUAUGACUGACUUACAAGAUAUUUGGGAACAUGUUUUAAAAGCAAAAAUGGGUAUCGAUUUAAGUAUACUGAAUCAAUAUAAAGCAGUGUUAGUCAUUCCCGAUAUUUAUAACCGAAGUCACCUCAAAGAACUAACUUCCCUGCUGUUAAAUCGGAUGGGUUUCGGAAGUUGUUUCUUAGUUCAGGAUCAUGUUUCAGCGACAUUUGGUGCCGGUUUGGGACAUGCUUGUGUCGUCGAUGUCGGCGAUCAGAAGACAUCAAUUUCUUGCGUAGAAGAUGGUAUUUCUCAACCAAAUACAAGAGUUAGACUUGAGUAUGGUGGAGCUGAUGUGACACAAGUCUUACACUGUCUUUUAGAAAAAUGCUCCUUUCCUUAUAAAGAGUGCAAUGAUAGUACUUUAAAGGAUGUAUUUUUGCUUAAACAAUUGAAAGAAAAAUGUUGUCAUGUUAAUCUGGACAUUUGUGGAUCUCAAGAAAAAACAUUUGAAGUGUGUCACGGAGAGAACAAAUUAAAAUACACAAUACAAGUUGGCGAUGAAUGUAUCGUUGCACCACUUAGCUUAUUUCACACUGAACUCCUGACGAUUACAGGCAAAAGUAAAGCAGCAAAGGUACAAAUAUCUGCUUCUCAUCAGCCAGACUCAGAAGACUGUUUUGAUGCUGAAUACAUAAGGGAAACGAGUAGAAGGAAUGCUCGUGAACAACUUGAUCAAAUUCAAGGUGAUGGUGUUAUUGUGCAACAGGAUAAUCAAGAAGAAGAACUUGUUGUUGAUUCAUUUGAAAAUGAAAGAGAUAGCAAAAACGAUAAAGAUUUUGUUUUACCAAAUGGUCAAGUAAUUGGUAUUGACCAAGCCGUCUUACUCAGUAUUGAGCGAUGUCCAAAUGAAGAGAUGAAAAAGAAAAUGUACGGAUGUGUACUUGUUGUUGGAGGGGGAAUGAAGUUUGCUGGAAUUGGAAAAUGGUUGCAGAACAAAAUGGCAUUGAAUGUCGCAUACUCUCAUCGUUCUGAGCAUCUUGAUAUUGUAACAAGUACUAAAGAUAUGGAUCCUGCAAUGACCGCUUGGAAAGGAGCUGCAAUUAUGUCGUGUUUGGAAAGUGCACCUGAACUAUGGAUAAACCAACAUGAAUGGCAAAAGUAUGGUCUACGAAUAUUAAGAGAAAAAGCGCCUUUUAUGUGAUUUAGACCGUGGGCUGAUGACGGGAUCCCAUGAACUAGAAAAUUGAAAACUGUCGUAGGGAUUGAAAUUUGUAUGACGUUUUAUUUCUAUCGCCUCAUCCAGUGGUGUUUGUCUGGACUUUCUAAUAUGUGGUCGCAAAUGCCGAUUUUCCCAUUGGCUUUUGAUAACCGCACAAAUAUGUUCUUUUAAGUGUGGCACUAUCUCUUUAUGUUUGUCGGACAUCUACAAGAGAAUGCAUAAAUGGCCGGUGUUUGGAACACAAAAUGCUUCUUUGGUGACUGGAUAUUUUUUAAUUUUUUUUUGUCGUAUGAAUAAUUCCUGGAACAUAAAUUACAUGCAA